AAAGAAUGGUGCAUGAAAUAUAUAGAAAAACAAAAGGUCAAAAAAAAAAUAAGUUAAAUUCUCAGUUUUAUGAUCUUAAAAAUCCAAAAAUUGUUGAUACACAUGAUCCAGAGGAUAUCAUUGAUGAAAAUUGCUGGUCAGAUAGUAUUACAAGUUCAGAUGAUACAUAUACAGGUCGUGAACAUUAUUUGACAGUUGGGUAUAUUAUUUAAAGAAAUUAAAGAAAGUGGUUGAUUAUAUCUAUUUAAUAGAAAAAGAAAAAUAAGAGAUGAUGAUAUAAUAUUAGAAGAUAAGAAAUAUAUUGGGAAAAAAACAAGUUUAAAAGACUUAUAUCAAGAUAAUUAUGAUACGUUGGAUGAUAAAAUAAAAUAUAGAAAUUUUUCAGAUAAAGAUGAAGAAACAUCAGGUUCAAUAAUUAUGGAAGAUGGAACAUCUCAUCAUUAUGCUAAUUUAAGUGAUUUUUCUGAUGAUAUCAUUGAUGAGGAAACAGAAAAAAAAAAGACGUAAUGAAUUAAAAUCUUUCAUUGAAAAUGAACAAAAAAAUUUUGUUCAAGAAAUAGCAAAAAUGAACUCUUUGGAGAUUGAAAAAGGGAAACAUAUUCAAACACAAAUAAAAAUUUAUGAUUCUCUUCUUGAUGCGAGAAUAAGGUUACAGAAGGCUCUUGUUGCAGUAAAUUCUCUUUCUAUAGACUAUAAGAUUAAUGAUUUGGAAAAAAAUAAAUUAUUUAUUAAAAAUGUUGAAAAUGAAUCUAAUUCUUUAAUUGGUUGUUUGUCAGAAAUACGAAAAACGCUAAUCGAGAUGGACAAAAUUGAUGUUGAAUAUACUCUAGAAAGAAACAAGGACUUUAGUAAAAGUUCUCUUGAAUCCUUGUGCGAUAACGUUAUAGAUUUAGAUAAACAGAUUUUAACUUGGCAAAACGAGACUUUACUUAAAUGGUCUGAUAAAGUAAAGGCUACAUCUGUUCUCUCUUUAAAUAAAUUUAAUUCAUUAAAUCAAAAUAUUUUGGAUUUAAUUCAAAAAAAUAUGACAAAUAAAGAAAAGUUAUUAGAAGCAACGUAUAUUGAUAGAACUGAAAAAAAGCAACCAAAAAAUAAGGAACGCUUUGAUGACACUGAUUUUUAUCAAGCAUUGUUGUUUAAUUUAAUUAACAAGCGAAUGGUGGACUCAGGAAAUACUCAGGGACUGCGUUGGUCAAUUUUAAAACAAAAAAAGCAAAAAAAUAAUAUAGAUACUAAAGCAUCUAAAGGUCGUAGGUUACGAUAUCAUGUACACGAAAAGAUACAAAAUUUUAUGACGCCAAAUCCUGUUAAUUUAUGGGUUGAAGAAAAAAUAGAUAAUUUAUUUUCGAGUCUUUUUGGACAAAUACCAUUAGAUAAUAUUAUGAAAACUUGUGAUUAAAAAACGACAAUAUUAAUAUUUUUAUAACAGACUUUAAAUUUUUUAAUUAUUAAAAAAAAAAUUAAAAUGGGUUUUAAUUAUGAAAUGGCUGUAAAAUGUUUAUACUAUGUAGUUUAUAGCAAAAUAAAAUAUUUUUGGGAAAGUGG